GCACGCAAGGACGCUAGGUAUCAAAUAUGGGAUGUACACUGCGCGAAAGAGGGCCAAAAGCUAUUCCUAAAAACAUUGGACUGCAAAGGCGCUAUCAUCAUCAACAAAGAGACUCGAAGUGUUAUGGAAGUGCUGGUGGAGGGCACCCGCGCCAUGCAGAUGGCGAAGCUGUUCCAGGGCAGAGACAUCGGCUUCGAUGUGCUGGUCAACGAUGCCAACGCCUACAGUGGAGGCCCGCGCCGUGUCCGAAGCCCCAUAUUGGCCAACCGUCUACGAUCGCCUUCGAAACGCCAACUAGAUUGGAAAGACUUUUAUCCUCUUAACACCGUAUACCAAUUUCUAGACGAAUUAGAAGCUAGUUUUCCGUCGACUUGUACGGUGUCCAUCAUCGGAAGGUCUGUGGAAGGACGAGAUAUAAAGAUGUUAAAAAUUUCGAACAGUGACGCAAAUAACACGGGAGUCUGGUUGGAUGCCGCGACUCAUGCUCGAGAGUGGAUCAGCACAUCAGUCGUCACCUACAUUGCUGAUUAUCUAGCCAGAAACUUCGACACCAUGGGUGCUAGUUACACUAAUAAAGACUGGUAUUUUGUGCCCGUAGUAAAUCCAGACGGAUAUCUUUAUUCCCAUACAUCGGAUCGGAUGUGGCGAAAAAAUAGAUCGCGAUUUGGAAAUACCAUCACAGGAGUUGAUCUCAAUAGAAACUUUGGGUAUUUUUGGGGACGUGGUGGUCCGGAACACUCAUCAGCUGAUCCGAGUCACUUAAAUUUUCGUGGACCAGAACCGUUCUCAGAACCAGAAACCACGGCAGUUAAGGAUAUUAUUCUGUACUCGGGGACACCGUUUAAGAUAUUCCUAACGUUUCACGCUUGCAGUGAAGCUAUCUCGUUUCCUUGGUGUCACACAGCGGAACCUUGUCCUGAUUACGUCAAUUUACUCGAAGGUGGAACUGCAAUGGCAAAGGCCAUCUACGAGACGACUGGGCGCAUGUACAAAGUAGGGAACUUCAAAGAUAUAAUGUACUAUGCUUCUGGAACAAGUAUUGACUGGAGUUAUGGAACAGCUCGCAUACCAUUCUCCUAUCUUAUUGAACUGAGAAGCAAACAGGAGCGAUUCCUCAUGCCCAGAGACGAAAUCUUCGACUGUUGUAAAGAAAUCCUAAACGGCGUCAAAGCACUCGUGGAAUUUGUUGAUAAGAGAAAAUGUUUGAACUGUUCUGUUAAUGCAAAAAAGCUGCGUCAGUAA